CAAUGGGGACACGUAUGACUACGGUAAAUAUGAUCCCUACGGUUACCCUCUGACUACCGACCUCUACAUCCGGUACUAACAGUUCCUACGCAGCCAUUUUUCCAUCGAGUAUGACAUCACUGGUUGAAACGGUCGUCUAUGGACUUCUGUCGAGAAGGUUGCAUUGAUUGAACAAGAAAUUGAUCGCCAUGCAAGAUUCAAAACGCGGGCCUGUGUCAACUACGCUGACAAUAGAGCAGAAAGUGGAGAUCCUGCAGAAGUUGGAAUGCGGUGCUUCUACGUCCACUUUAGCCAGCGAGUACAACAUUCACCCUAGCACGGUGCGGAAAAUCCGGAGAAGAGGAUUUCCCUCGUGCCAGGGAAUUGACAUGCGAAAACGGAAGAGGAUUCGAAAGCCAGUGUACGACGCUUUGGAUACGAAAUUGUAUUUAUGGUUCUUAGAGACGAAGACAUUGGGGAUACCGAUUACGGAUCUGUUGCUGCAAGAGAAGGCGCUUCAGAUAAGCCAAGAGAUCGGGGGCUCGUCCACGUUUAAAGCCAGCCACGGCUGGUUAUGGAAAUUUAAAAAUCGGCACAACAUUCGUCUGUUGAACGCGUUCCGCGAGAAAGGAAGCGCUGACGCGACGGCCGCUGAGAAAUUUACAGAUGAGUUUCAUUCGAGAAUCGAGGAGGAAGGACUGCAGUGGUGUAAUAUUUACAACAUGGAUGAAACAGGACUUAUUUGGAAAGCUUUGCCCGCGAAAACACCGCACAGCGUGAAGGGGAAAUUCGAAGGGAAGAAACUGAAAAAGGAUCGUGUGAUUGUUGGUUUAUGCGCGAAUGCGACGGGGACGCAUAAAUUGAAGCCAUUGGUGAUAAAUAAAUUUAAAAAUCCGAGAGCGUUGAAGCAUUGUAAAGAUCAGAUGCCGGUGGUGCUUAAGUCUCAGAGGAGAGGGUGGAUAGAUCAGACAACAUUUUCAAAUUGGUAUGAAAAUGAUUUUAAGUCAGCCGUGCGAAAGUAUCAGUUGGAAAAUGGAGUGCAGGAGAAGGCUGUACUGCUAUUGGAUAAUUGUUGGGGACAUAAAUUGUUAAUGGCAGAGUACCAUUAUGAUGACCAAUUUGAGAUUGUGUUUUUACCACCAAAUACUACUUCUCUUCUUCAGCCUAUGGGUCAAGGCGUGAUUGCGAAAAUAAAGAAGCUGUUUCGCCAUAAAAUGUUAAGCAGAAUCAUAGCAUGCGGUGGCGGGUUAAAUGAAUUUUAUAGUAAGUAUACAAUCAAAGAUUGUAUACAAUUAUUAGAUGAAUCGUGGACUGAAAUCAAUUCUAGGAAUAUUAGGAAUUCUUGGAAUAAUAUAAAGAAGUCCUCGGAAGAAGUAAUAGUGAAAGAAGAGUUAGAUGAGCAAGACAAACAAUUACACCAACUGAUUGAUACACUUGCCGGCAAUGAUGAGUACAUGCAUAAUUUUAUAUCAGCUAUUACAGAAGCUGAUACAAAUCUUUCAGAGGAAGAGGUUGAAGAAGGUUUAGAAAGUUAUCCGGAGGAAGAACAAGAAGAAGAAGAGGAACAAGGAAGAGAAGAAGAACAGCAAUUUAAAUAUGAAGAAGAAGAACAAGAACUGAUAGGAAAUGAAGAUGAGCAAUUAGAACAAGAAGGUGGAAAGGAUGAACAAGAAGAACAAGAAUAUGAACAAACAGAGGAAGAAGAAGAAGAAGAGGAGGGAGAUCAAAGUGGAACAAAUAAAGGAGACAACAAAUGGGAUUCUAAGCUGGAGUUAGCUCAAGCUUUCGAAAUUCUAAAUAGGCAUGCAGAAACGAAACCAAAAUAUGUAAAGACUCUAUUGUUAGGCUUAAAACAGGCUUUCAUGAGAGAAGAGACCUAGGAAACCGAUUGAAUUUAGUCUGUACAUAAAACACAGCAGGACACAAGUGGACAAGUAAUGUGUUUCUAAUGAAACAAUGCCUGGCUGGACACAUUGUCAAAAAAGAAAGGUCCAAGUUACUAUUUUAAAUUUUUCUAUUAAUAACUCAAUCUUAAUCAUGAACCAUUCAUUGAGUUUAUUCAUUUAUUCUAUGUUGCAGGUGCUAUUUAUAUUAAAACUAGGAUGGAAAAUUAAAAUGCGUAUGAAGACAGCAAAAGAUUAAUUUUCGACUGCCUUUUUUAUACAGAUUCAAGUAAGUGUACCAUUAUACUAAACAUUAAGGAAAUUAUUUCAAAACGCGAAUUCCAAUUCCGGAGAUUCGCAUCUAUAAAAAUCUUAGAUUUCACCGUGGAGUGUCGUCCGAGUGUGGAUUUCACCGGACGAAAACACGAUUGUACCUGUAUUGAUAAAAAUAAAAUGAAUUUUUAUAUUUAUUCGAAUUAUUCAGUUUCUUGCAGCACCUUACAUCACGCAAAUGAAAUAUGAAUACCAAUAAUUCGUCACUUGUGAAUGAUAUAGGAACGUUGAAGAUUUAAAUUGCUGUGAGAUGUAUUUACAUAACCAUAAUUAACACUA